AUGCCGCCGCCCCUUCAGUCCGCAUACAAGCGCAUCGCUCAACCCACCAUUGGCGAAAAUGGAUACCAAGAACGUCAGAGCGGCAAGACCGAGGUGCUUCCUAGCGGAUGGAACGGAUUCAACGCGAAAGCCCUGAAGAGUGAUAUCCGUGUCGACCACGACGUCGAGAUCGUGGUCCGAGAUGGAGUUCGCCUGUAUGCAGACGUGUAUCGGCCGACUGACACGAGCGAGAAAAUCCCGGCUGUGUUGAGCUGGUCGUUCUAUGGGAAGAAGUACAGCGCCCUAGACAUGCUUCCCAUGACUGUCUGGCACUGCUGCGUCAAGCCGUCUGACCUCAGUGGACUGGAAAAGUUCGAAGGACUCGAUCCACAGACGUGGUGUCCGCGAGGUUACGCGAUUGUUAGCGUUGACACUCGCGGCUCGGGACACAGUGACGGGCAAAUUUGUGUGAUGGGGACACAAGACGCGGAGGAUGGAUAUGAUGUGGUGGAGGCAAUUGCCCGAAUGGACUGGUGCAAUGGCAGCGUUGGGAUGGCGGGCAACUCUGCACUGGCCAUCUCGCAGUGGUUCAUCGCUGCCCAGCAGCCUCCAUCUUUGAAAGCAAUUGCGCCAUGGGAAGGUUCUGGCGAUAUCUAUCGAGAACAAUUCUGUCGCGGUGGCUGGUUCUCCAUGAGUAAUUUCGAUCUCAUCGCCAAGGCAAUCGUGCGCGGGCCAGAGAGUUCGGGACUCGAAGAUUUUGAAGAGAUGUACCGGCGAUCUCCCGUGUCGAAUGCAUUUUGGGAAGACAAACGCGCCGAUAUCUCUCGAGUACAGUGCCCCGUUUACAUCCGCGGAUCCGAUGUCAGUUCCAUCCACACCAUGGGAUCCAUCAGAGGAUGGUUGCAGGUUCCACAUGAGGACAAAUGGAUUCAGUGGGGAAGUAAGCAGGAGUGGUACGAGCUGUAUAGCAUUCCAGAAUCCACGGAGGAGUUGACUUUGUUCUUUGAUCGAUAUCUCAAAGACAAGGACAAUGGUUGGGAGAAGACACCCAAGGUCCGGUGGUCGGCCCUGCAGUUUGGAGACCGCGAGGCAAUCGAUGAUAUCGUUCUGGAGGAUUUCCCUGCUCCCACAACUGACUACCGGCAAUUCUUCUUGGGUGAUAGCAAGAAUCUCUCUGCAAAUCCCGUUCCGACCUACCAACAAAUCUCAUACGAUUCUGAGGAUCGCUUCAGCGUGGCCGAGUUCAGACAUACAUUCGAAAAGCCAGCCCGUUUGAUUGGACUGCCUAAGGCAGUGCUGUAUAUGUCAUGUGAAGACCGUGACGAUUUUACGGUCUUCGUCAUCUUGCGCAAACAGGACAAGAACGGCAAGGACUUGAUGCACCUGAACUUCCCAUUCAAUGCUACUCCAGUCAAAUCAAUCGAUGACAUCCCGGAAGCAGAGCAAGCCAGCCUCAAUCUGCACUUGGGGUCGGUGGGGAUUCUCCGUGCCUCGCAUCGUGAGAUCGAUCCAGCCAGAAGUAUUCACUCUCAGUUCCCCUUCCACCCGCACGAGCGACAGGAGAAAGUAACUCCGGGUACGAUUGUGAAGUUGGAGAUUGGAAUCUGGGCCAUGGGUGUGGACUUUGACGCGGGUGAGACCAUCAGUGUUAGGAUCGGUGGGCAGUACCCCAGCAUCGCCGAGUACAAGACCUUCUCGAAGCCCCGGCCCGAGCACGAGCUAAACCGGGGCAAGCAUUUCAUCCACUGCAGCGAGGAGUACCCGAGCUCAGUAAUAUUGCCGUUUAUUUAG